CACUAGUAUUCUCUCUACCUGGUUUCAAUACCAUGCAAUCUUGUAUUGCAAUACUUUACUUAGUUGCACUCUCUUUUGUUUGCUUCUCGACUCUCACCCUCUCCCUUCCCCUCUCCACAAAAUCAAGAUGGAUUGUGGAUGAUCUCACCGGAAAGAGGGUGAAGCUGGCCGGCCUCAACUGGGCCGGCCAUGUGGGCCCCAUGUUGCCGGAAGGCCUUGACAAAAGACCAUUAAGUGAAAUAGCAAAACACAUAGCCUUAACAGGAUUUAACAAUGUACGCCUCACUUAUGCUACGUACAUGUACACUCGAUACGCCAAUCGCACAGUACUUGAUUCUUUUCGAGAUCUAGGCCUUGAAGCUGCCAUUAGAGGAAUUCGGAGAAACAAUCCACAAAUUUUGGAGCUAACACUGACUGAAGCUCACAAGGCUGUGGUUGAUGAACUCGCGAUCAACGGGGUCACUGUUCUGCUGGAUUGUCAAGUUAGUGAACCUAUCUGGUGCUGCGGAAAUGAUGAUGGAAAUGGCUUUUGGGGUGACAAGAAUCUUCAGCCUCAAGAAUGGCUUCGUGCUCUGAGGAUUGUUGCUGCAUUCUACAAGUACACUCCAACGGUAGUUGCUAUGAGCUUAAGAAAUGAGCUGCGAGGACCACGCCAAAACUCUGAAGAUUGGUACAACUACGUGCAGAAGGGUGCCAAAGCAAUUCACAAAACAAACCCUCAUGUGCUGGUGGUUGUUUCGGGUUUAAGCUAUGAUCUAGACUUGAGCUUCUUAAAAAAGAGGCCUCUAAGACUAAACCUUGACAACAAGAUUGUUUACGAGGCACAUAGAUAUGCAUUUAGCAACAGAGAGCGCGAUAGAUGGCUGCACCAGCCAUUGAACCAUGUUUGUGACAGUAUUACACGAGACAUGAACAGAAGAUCUACGUUUCUGGUUGAGGGUUCAGAGCCGGCUCCAUUAUUUGUCACUGAGUUUGGUAUAAACAUGGAGGGUACUAAUCCAGCAGACAACAACUUCUUUAGUUGUUUUCUGGUGUAUUUGGCAGAGCAUGAUCUGGAUUGGAACUUGUGGGGGGUGCAAGGAAGCUAUUAUAUUAGACUGGGAAGAGAAGAUGAUGACGAGCAAUACGCGGUCUUUGAUCACAAUAUGACAAGGGUUAGGAAUCCUCAAUUUCAGAGGAGGUUGGCCUCUAUACAAGGCAAGAUCCAAGAUCCCCACUCAGAAGUCCCAACGCACGAUGUAUUGUAUCAUCCAAAGAGCGGUGCAUGCAUUGGGGUGAACGAGAAAUUUGAACUUCAGCCAAGUGGCUGCCACAGCUUUGGAAGAUACUGGCGAUACGAUAAGGACAAACAUGUGAUCCGGUUACUGGGAACUGAAUUUUGUCUCUCAUCCACAGGAGAGGGGAGACCAGUGGUCCUUACAAAGGACUGUGCUAAUAUGAAAAGUAUGUGGAAGUCAGUCUCCAACUAUCAGUUGGCUAAUUACAGAGACAAUAUGUGCCUUCACUAUGAUUCGGACUAUUCAGAGAAGAUAUUGACCAGGAAGUGCAUUUGUCCUGAUGACGAUGAUCCUGGCUGUGUAGAGAAUCCCUCAAGUCAGUGGUUUAAGCUUAUCACAUCAAACGCAAAGUAGAGAAGUGGUUUGGAAUGUGCCAUCAAUCUCUGGGUCUUUUUCUCCUUGUCGCAGAAAGUUUGCUAUGACAGCUUAAUUACUCAUGUUAUAAUGAAUCAAAUGUUAUGUUUCUGUCGCGUAUUCCAUUUGACACUGAUGCAUUCUAGUACUCUUUUCUUUGAGUGUAUGGUUUAGGCAAAGGUGUCACAAUAUUCAAAAUGUCAACAAGUGAGCUCAAUGCCAGUACGCUUGUGUCCAUGUAAUCUGUAUCUUGUGCAAGAUUAAUUGACUUAACUGCAAAGAUUAAAGAGUUGC